AUGGCCGCCUUCGUUGUUGCCAUGCUGCUUCUGCUGCAGGUCCGUGCAGAACCUGUGAUGCGAAGAAGCUCCGUUACUGAGUCCAAGCGCCAGCCCCUCAUGCGCUCUCAGAAGGAGACCAAAGAUGCAAAGGUGGAAAGUACACCGCCAGCUCAGCGUUCCCGCCAGCCAAUUUUCACAUCCUUAGAAGAGACCCAGCCUCAGGCCGAACUUGACGAUUGUGGCCUGGCUCCUUGGAGUUCAUGGAGCAUUUGCACGAAGUGUGGUGGCCGUCGCGUUCGAACUCGUGAAGCCUUGGGUGUCUUGGCUGAGUACACAUCGUCAGAUGCUCCCGAAAGCAAACACCGCUCAGACAUGAAAAUCAACUUUCGCUCUGGAGAUGGUCAUGUUCGGUGGUCUGGGCAGCUGCUGGUGAAGAACGCAGGGCGCUAUGCCUUUCGCGCUGAAGAGACCCUGCGAUCUCUGCAGAUUGGGGCGGCUCUGCGGGCUCAAAACACCUCCGACGGCGAGUGGGUCCGUUGGCUUGCCAAAGGAGCCCACUCGCUCCAAGUCGAGGCUGAGGCUGACCAGCCAAUUGCAGGGGCGAAGCAGCUUUUGCAAUAUAGGGGCCCAGAUACGGAGGGCAAGCUGCAGGAGAUAUCCACUGCGGCAUUGCGACAUGCUGUGUUAGGCGGGGUGUGCCAGAGCCGUUCUGUGCAGUCCCAGCCUUGCCCAGCUUGUAGCGUCGACUGUGCUUGGGGCGACUGGGCUGACUGGUCGGCUUGCUCGCGGACAUGUGGCCAUGGGUCCUCAGAGCGCCUGCGCUCCGUGGCCACACGAGCCUCACAAGCUGGCCGGGCCUGUGAGGGCAGCUCGUCGGAGCAGCAGAGCUGCCACCUCUCCGCUUGCAGCUUCUGGUAA